GGCUGUAGAGGAGACCUGGUGGGAAUGGGACUGCGUGUCUCGGUGUCCCCUGCACAGACCGCCUUUUACAUCAUGCUGGUGAUGCUGGGCAUUCUGGGCAACGCCACCGUGGUCUGCGUCAUCGGUAAGAGUGUGAUCAUGGACAGGGGAGGAGGCCGGAACUCGGACAUCAUCAUCAUCAACAUGGCGCUGUCGAACCUGCUGGUGUCCGUGAUGAGGAACACGCUGCUGAUCAUCUCUGACAUGGGACUGGAGCUGUACUCGUCCAAAGAGUGGUGUCAGUUCCUCAUGGGGAUCUGGGUCUGGCUGCGGUCGGUCAACGUGUGGUCAACACUCUUCCUCAGUGCGUUCCAUCUCCAGACCCUGAGGCGCGUGGCGCCCACCAUGGGGACCAUUAACAGGCCCCGGGGUCCUCCCAAGACCCUCCUGCUGAGUCUGGCCCUCAUCUGGCUGCUCAACUACUUCUAUUCCAUUCCGGCCCACAUAUUUUCUACUAAUGGAAACAUGAACAGUACAGAGACCUUGAUGCUGGUGAGCAGCACCACGCGCCCCCUGCUGGGCUGUGUGUGGAACUUUCCCUCCAACCGCAGCGGCCUGGCCUACGCCACCACGUCCAUGGUGAUCCACGAGACCAUCCCCAUCAUCCUGAUGGCCAUCACCAACCUGAGCUCCCUCUACACCCUGUACACCCACGGCAGGGUGCGGAGCUCAGUGCAGGACGCGCCUGUCAUAAAGCGCGUGCCUGCCGAGAGGCGAGCGGCCAAGGUCAUCCUCGCUCUCAUAAUGCUCUUCAUCGCGUCGUGGGGCACCAGCAUCAUCUCUGUCAACUACUUCAACUACAACCGAGGCACCUCGGCCGAGUUCCUGCUGGUCAUCGCUCGCUUUGCCAACAUCAUCUUCAUCGCCAUGUCGCCCGCCGUCCUGGCCGUGGGUCACCGGCGGCUGCGCUCCUGCAUCAGGGCCACGCUCAUGCACUGA